AUGUCAGCUAAUAUAGAGAAGAGUGACUCGCUUCCUCGAGUUACUCGAUCAAUGCGACGAAUGAACUCUUCAGAAUCGCUUAAUCAAGACAAUGAAAGACCUGAAACACCAACUGGAAGAUUGAGAGCUACCAAAAAGCUUGAAUCAAUCGAUGAGACCGCAAUAACACCGACCAGACGAACAACUAGAGCAGGCUCAGUACAAAAGACAAUCGUAGAAGCAACAACAACACCAGCUAGUCCUCUACGUCGUGUUACACGACGAAUGUCUAGUGAUAAUGUUGAAGUUGUUCCUAGUCCUCGAUUAAAACGUCCUCCAAUUAGGCGAACUGUGACUGAAAGUGAUGAUGAUGAUGUGAUAUUUGUUAAUGAAGCGCCUGUAACUCCUCGCACAAAGUCUGUUAUGAAGCGUGUGAGUGUUAAUCUUGUUAAAGUAGAGGAAGUUGCUGAAGAGGAACAACCAGAAAUCGACGAUAAACCUAAACAAAAUGGAAAAUCUGAUGAGAUUAAUAAAUCUGUGAAUCUUAAUAAGUCCCCUGAUUUGAAUAAUUCUGCUGAACUAAACAAAUCUGCAGAAUUACAUGAUUUGGAACUUAGAAAUCGUUCAAUUUCCAAGUCUCCAUUAGUAAUACCAAGAAAUUCCAUUUCAUCUAAUGUCAGUUCAGUACAAGAAAUUGAUAAUGAUUCAAUGAAAAAUGACGAUAACUCGAUGGAAGCUAAUAUAAGUGCAGUGAAAUCAACAAGUCCAUCAAAAUCGCCGAAAAAGAAGUCUUUGCAAGUAGUCCAGGAAAAUGAAAAAUCACAAAGUCCAUCAAAAUCGCCGAAAAAGAAGUCCAGUUCACAAAAAAUUGCCGACGAAAGUGCUACAGACAUUCCAACUCAGCCUGAUUUUGCAAGUUAUGCUCUCUCACGACGCCAAAGUUCGAGAAAAAGUUUAUCAUCAGUCGCAGAGACAAUUUCUGAUGAAUUUAUGCAAUCAGCUUCUCAAAUUUCCAGCUUAGAAUCACAAAGAUCAAGUUCGCCACAAAAUCAAUUUUUGAACUACCGCAAAAAUAUUAUUGAGCCACUGAGUUCAAAUGAUCAGGAUGAUUUUGCAGCAAGUGAUUCAGAAGGUUCCAAUCUAAUUAUUCAAGUUUCAAAAUCACCCGAAAAACAGAGUCAAGGCAGCCAAAAUAGCCAAGAAAACAAAAAUGACGAUACAAAUGUUGGAUCUGGAUAUUUGCCAUUACAAAGAGUUAAUGAUAUAGUUGAAUAUUUCGAAAAAGAAAAACUAUUGUUUAAACCAAAAGAUUAUACACAACAAAAAACUGCAGAAACAGCAGAUGAAGUCAUUCCAACUGAUGUAGAACCGACAAAAGUCACUGAAACUGAUGUAAUUAAUGAAAACGAACACUCAAUAAUAUCAAAGGAUAGUGGAUUUUCUAAUAAGGCAGAUGAAUCAGCUAAGAAUGACAGUAUAAAUAAGGAAAAUGAUGAGAUUGUGUCAGAAAUGAUGGACGAUUUUGUUGCUACACAAAAACCUAUUAAUAAUGAAGUCAAAAAGGUUCCGUCAUUCAAUAAGACACAAAUGACUACAGUAGACAUGGAAAUUGGAAGUGAUGAAGAAGAACCGUCACUAGAUGAGACAAAUAAGCAAAAUAUAGACAUGGAAAUGACAGUUGUUAACAAUAAGAAAUCUCCAAAUAAGAAAAAUAAAAGCAACACUUGGAACCAAUCUAUUAUUGGAUCGUCGUCACAAAUUGACAACAUGAAAAAACCAGAAACUGAAGUUAUUCAUGACACAUCCAUAAGCAAGAAAAAAGUCAUUUCAAGUGAUGAAUCUGAUGGCGAAAGUGAGACAGAAAGGAAUUCAUUUAUUGACGACGAGGCAGAAGUAGCUAGCGAUGAAGAGGAAUCGAUGACAAAAAGUGAACGAGAUUAUUUGGAACAAAACGAAGUUAUUGAGGAUGGUGAGUCAUUGGGUUCACAGGAUUCUAAUGAAUUAGACGAGGAUAUAGAAGAAAGCGAUGAAUACGAAAACGAUUCAUUUAUAGAUAAAGACGAGGAAAUUGAUGAUAGAUAUUCAUUAGACAGCGAUGAUAAAUUAAUCGAAGAAAUUGAAUUGAAUAAAUCAAAAACUAAGCGUAGAUCUAGAAUAAUCGUUCAAUCAAGCUCAGAAAGCGAAGAUGAAAAUCCAAUUAGCACGCAAAAGUCUUCAGCUAAAGAACCAGAAGAAUCGCCUGUUAAGUCACAAAUUGUAGGCCGUAAAUCUUUGCCAAAUAUCGUAGAAAAUGAAGUUAAAGACAAGAAAGCUCGUAAAUCAUUGCCAAACUUAAAUGAAAGCUCUGAAAGUCCAUCAAAAGCUCUAAAUAAAUCAGCUAAAAAGAGCCGUAAAUCUAACAUUCACAAAGAGGCAGAAAAAUCUCUAAGUGAUGCAGAAAAGGCAAUGAGUGAUGCAGAAAAAUCUUUAAGUGACGCAGAACAAGCUCAAAGUCCACCAAAGUCUAGUAAAAAGAAACGCAAGUCAAUAAGACAAGCUGAAGCUGACAAAGCACUAAGUGACGCGGAAAAAUUUAUUACCGAUGCUGAAAAGGCGUUAAGUGAUGCAGAAAACGCUGAGCGCGUGCUGUUGUCUCUCAACAAAUCAGCCAGUAAGAAUCGUAAGUCAAAUAUUCAGAAUGUAGAGGAAGUGACUCAAGAAUCACCAGAAAAAUUCUCCAAAUUGGACAAAAAAACUCGUAAGUCAUUGCCAAUCAUUCAAGAAAGUGAAAAGAUUCCAAAAUCAGACAAGAAAGAUCGUAAAACAUUGUCAAGCCUUGAUGUUACAUUGUCGCAGGCUGAAAAUAUUCAAAGUCCAAUAAAAGCACUCGAAAAAUCAGCUAAAAAGAAUCGAAAAUCAAUUGUUGAAGAAGAAAUGGUUGCAGAAUCACCAAAAGCUCUCAACAAAUCUGCCAGAAAAAGUCUUAAAUUAUUAGAAUCGCCAAAAUCAUCUGAUAUUUCAAGUGUUCAAAACAGUUCCUUAAAUAAAUCUGAUACAAUUGCAAAGGAAUCAAGUCAAGAAGAGAUUAGUAUUGGAAAGAAACGUAAACGAGUUGCUGACGACGAAAGUUCAGCCUCAAAACGGCUCAAACAAAUGUCUGCAAAUGAAUCUGAAGCAUUACACAUGGAUAAUUAUUUAGAUCUGGUCAGUAAAAAUGAUUCAAUUGAACCAAUGGAUGUUGACGACGCAGUUCCAAUCAAAAAGUCCAAGAAAAAACAAAAAGUCGUUGAUGUUGAAGAACAACCAGCCAAGGCUGUCAAAAAAACCAAAAAAUCUAAGGAAGUGGACUUUAAUGCUAUUCUUAAUCGAUGCAAUGAAUAUAUGGAACAGACAAAAGAAGAAAAGAAAGCAAAUAUGGCUCUUAAAAAGGAACGAAAGGCUAGAAAACUUGAAAAGAAAAAAAUGGAAAAGGAAUUAGCAGCUUCCAUUGAUGAAAAACUGGACUCGUCGACUGGUGAAAAUAAGGAAAAUGCUGAGAAAGUUAAAAAGAAGAAAAACAAAAAAAAGAAGCAGAAACUUGUUGAGGAAUUCGAUGAUGGCAAGAAAGAAGGCAUUAGCGAUCGAUUGGAUAAAUUACAGCAGAAAUUGGAACUCAAGAGACAACGUAAAAAGGAAAAGAAACUCGCAAAAAUGGCUGAGCAAGCUGCUAAACCUGAACAGUCUUUCAAGCCUGUAGAAAAGAUGAUUGAGAAAGUACAACAGGUUGCAGUACAAGAAGCUGAUCAAUCAAAACAUGCAAGCAAGAAAGAAAAAGCUGCUAAAAUACAGGUUGAGAAUGUGGAAAUUGAAAAGACAAAGAAAAAAUCCAAGAAACACAAGAUUGCUGAGGAUGUUAAGGAGGUUGAAAUCAAGACAGAAGUUAAAGUCAAGAAAUCCAAGAAGCACAUUGAACCAGUAAUAGAAAUUCAAACACAGCCAGAACUAGCUCCAAUUGCUGAGAAAAAGAAGGCAAAGAAACGUCCAAUUUCAGAAAUUGUCGACGAAAAUGACACAGAAGUUGUUGAGAAACCAAAAGCUAAGAAAAAACUCAACAUUCUUAAGGAAGUCGAAAAUUCAUCACAAGCUCAUGGAUCAAAGAAAUCCAAUGUCAAGCAUGCCGAGACAUUCAAGCCAACAGCGACAUUAACAUCAAAAUUGAAUAAAGUAAUUCCAAAAGGACUAGGAAAUGAGAUUAAGCAGGUUGUAAAAAAGAAGCAAAAGUUUGUUGAAAAGACGAAACCAAUUAAGCGUCCGGUUUGGACAUCAGCUGGUAUGUUUAUUGAGGAACCAGUCACACCUUACAAAUUUAAAUCAACUGAAUAUAAAACUGUAAAUUUUGGACCUGCUGCCGCCUCAAAAGCCAAAGUUGUUAUUUUUAACGCUCAAAAGUCUUCAAAGUCUGCCGUUGUUGAUUAUAAGAUGCAAGCAAUCAUGAAGAAAAAUAAGAAUCGAGAUAAAUCAAUCAAAAAUUUAAAGAAUUUAAUGUAA